AACAAACACAAGAAGUUGGUAGUGAGCGAGAGAAAGACAGACAGGCUAGCGAAAGUUUUCGUACCACUACAGUAGUCGACAUUUCUACGGUGACGGAAAGAUCUAAGUGCGUUUACUCCUUGCCUUUCAGGAAAAGGAUGAAGGGCAAUAUCUUUAUUGCAGUGGGAUUGCUGGGACAACACUGUAUGGUUACAAUGGCUCCUGCUCUCACUGAAACUGCCACAGAGCCACAUGGAUUCCAGCUGUUAUCGUCUUCAUUAUCUUCCAGUUUCAAUGAACCUGAUACAUUCUUCCAUGAAGAAGACACCAUUACAGAGCAGAAGCUGAAUGAAGAGAGUAACACACAGUCUGCUUGGUCUCAACUUGCAUAUCCAUUUGCAACAUGUGGGCUUGGCAGUGAUGCACCUGAUUUGAAACAUGUACCUUAUGGAUCUAUAACUGUUCACUGUGCAAUUCCAAGCAAUGCAGCCUUGUUAACUAGUCCUAAUUCUCUACUGGAUAAACUGUCUUUAAACUGUAAACUAAAUAUUAGGAAGACAUUGUUUAGCAAAAGCUCUGCUGUUAUUCUUGCCAAAAAAUUAUCUUGUGAUAGAACUAAACAAGUAUCUGCUUCUAAAGCUUGCAAAAUGUAUUUUGUACCUGAAGCAGAGCUAAGUAGUAGUAAUAAUGACAAGAAAGACUUAAACUUCCAGAAAGACAAUGCUUUGGAGUGUACGGGCAUGUUAAGCACUGCUCAUCAGGUGAAAUUGGCCUGUGAUUCUGUUUCAAUGACCCUUAACAAUGCUGGUGGCAUGACUUCAAAUCAAAAAGUCAUGUUGAAACCAGUCAAAGCAAACAAAACUUGGGAUACAGUACCAGCACUGGAUGACUUUGAGUUUGAAAGUUUAUUGAAUAGUACCAGGCAAUUGAUCCUGCAGAGAAAUGAGGAAAAACAACUUCAUGGUUCCACAAGUAUAAGGAAAAAUGAAAUUAAUACUCAGCUGUUUGAGUGCCUUAGCAGACAGCAAGAACUAGCUAAAAAGUCUAGCCGACUUAAAAAGCAUUUACAACUCAUCCAAGCAAAGCAUGUUGAGUGUCAAAUUAAGUGCAAAAUUCAGGAUGUUAUGAAGUGCCAGCUUGAAAAGCAGGCAAAAAGAAGCAAAAUUGACAUUUCAAAUACUGAGACUGUCUUUCCUUUUGGAAUAAAGCACAGUGGUGUGCACACUGGAUUCAUUUCAAAUUCAAUCAAUUCUGAAUUCUAUGAGUAUGUGUCCUUUUCAAAAGCAUUGCUUUCGCACAUUAAAGAAAGUGUGGAUUCCGACGCAACCAGCAGUAGCACUGAAGAGGAUACAGACAGCGAAGAGAUUGCACUGAAUAGAAAUAUGCCGUUUAAGUACAGGUCAGAAAGGAGAUGGAUCAUUGAUCGAGCUGAAGUUGCAAGCCGGUGGACAUGGCUUCAAGCCCAGAUAGCAGAACUAGAGUAUAGGAUACGCCAAAUAAACGAAAUCUACAAGCACCUACGUGCUGCAAAGGAAACCGUGACUCUGGACGCUUCUCAGUUGUCCGAAGACGCUCUCGAAAAGCAGAUGGAGUUGACAGAAGCUGCAGCUUUAUUAGCUGCAACCAAGGAUAAUAAAACGCCUGUGGAGAUAAAGGAUUUAGCUCUGGAAUGCAAUUUGGAAAUAACACCAAGCAGCCCUUUGCUGCUUCUAAGGAAUAUAGAUAAACAGAGUGCACAGCUAACCGAAUCAGUCAACAGUUUGAUCCCUCCACUCAAUUUGUCACCUGCUUCUUCUCCUGUCUCCUGGAAGAGAUGCAGGCAUCAUGAUGGCCUUGUCUACAGUGUUUUAGGUGAUGACAUGUCUGGCUCUUCAAACUGCUCUGGUUCUGAGGACUAUCAGCCUAAGACAGAGCAUCCAGACAGGACUACACAGCGACCUCUUUCUGUGGAUGACACAUCAGCCAGAACCAGGCCCCUCCGGAUGCAUCAUAAGCACAGACUUCUCUGUUGUGUUUAUGACACUAGCAAACGAGUUCAACAGGUGAUACCUGCGCAGUGUAAACAUUACUGUGAAAUGUGUGGUCCUAACAGCACAACUGAUGCAAUAGACCCAAGGACGAUGACACUGGAAGAACAAGUGGCUGUGUUGGACCCCUGUUUCCAUCCAGUAUUGUCACCCCAUUCUGAUAUGCCUGUUAGUGUACACGUUCAAACUUUGUUACAUAAUGAAGACUGGAACAAGCAGCCUUUUCCAUCAAUGAAUGAAUUAAAGGCUUCCUUAUCAAACAGUACACCCUGUAAAAGUCACCCAUGUGAGAAUACCUUGGAUUCAAUCAGGUCUAACGUGAAGAAAAACCAUUAUACAAAGAUGCUCACACAGCACUGGGACCAGUCAGCUUCUGACUUAAGGUUGCAGACUCCAGAGUUGAGGAAGCCCCUUAAAGAAUUAAGAAAGAGGAGACAUUCAAAUGAGAAAGUAGCUGCUCUAAGUAAACGGCACUGUUCUCUGAUAAAUCCCAGAGAAACUCCUGGUACUUUAGUGAAAACAGCACAGAUAUCAGUGUCUUUUCCUAUUCAACAAACUCCAUGUUCCAGCCCAACAGAUACCCGGGCAUCCAGGGCAACACUGUGCCAAAGACCACUUUUGCAGACAAAAGACAUUCCUUCACGGCAAAAACAGCAGAGUGAAUGUUGUUACGAUAUUGAUAACAUUGUCAUACCGAUGUCAUUGGUUGCCAGCUCCAAGAUCGAGAAGCUACAGUAUAAGGAAAUAAUUACACCAAGCUGGCAAAUUGUGCCCAUUAAACCAUCGAAGGAACGACUCACACAAAGGGAAGUGCUAGAAGAUAUUUCGGAUGAAGCAUUUUCUUUACGGCAUAAGAAGCAUGAAAUAUGGGAGCAGGCAAGAUGGUUUCUGUGGGAGCAGAGCCGAUGUCAUCGAAGAGGGAACAGAUCAUCAUCCUUCAGUAAGAAUAAUGAUGAGCAUUUGAAUCCUCAUCCUCCAGCUUCUCCAGAAAUUCAAAACCAACUCAGCUGUACUAGCUCAGUGUGCCGUGUUUCUGAGGUAGCACAGACUGACGACCCUCAGGAUUUACUUGUAGAGGGAGUGACCAGUGCAAAGGUUGUUUUACCCUGGAAUUGUCGUACUUUCCCUCUCAGUGAUGAAGAGACAAAACACUUAACUCAUCCCAAGCCAUUAUCUUCAAGAAAUCACCUUAUGGUAGUGAAAGACACCUGCAAUUCUGUAAGCUUUUUGUCUAAAAAAAAAAGCAUUCAAAUAUAA